AAACUAAUUUUAACUACAGACGAUUUUAAUGUGCUAACAUCAUCGUCCUGUUGGAGCUUUCAUCAUUAAAGCCAGUAUUUGUAAGAUCAACCAUGUUUGGAACAGAGAAAAUACAUCAUACAUUUAAAUGAUAACAACAAUAAGUUUGCCAUGUCACAACACAGAUACAGUAUCUAAAGUCCAUCACUUUAUAUCUCACUGUGGAUCUGAAAAGAUAAUAUUUAAACUUUUAUCUAUGGUUAGUAAAAUGUCACUGAACCCAUUGUGCAUUUCCUGUUAUCUUCCGGGAAAACAAAACUCAGAACCUCCCCGUUCUGGCCUGGCCCCGGAUAAUCGGCUCCAUACGCCGCUCCGCCGUUAGGUGUCGCUGUGCGCGCAGACUCUCGGCCGGGGCCGCGUGUUUGGUCCGAUCGGACCCCCAAAAAAAAUACAGCACCGAAGUGUCAGAUAGUCCUGUUAACGCGUGAGAAAAUCUCGACUUGCGGAGAGAGGGGAACUGAGACUGGGAGACGCAGAGAGGGAGAGAGUCCUGGGGAGACAUUCCUUCCUUCCUCUCUCUGGGCUUUUCGCAGGACUCCAGUGGGGAACAGCGGAGAUUACAGCAGCGGCGGCUGGAGGUGGUGGUUGGGGGGCGGAUGCCGAAAAGGAGCGAAGACGCGCGGCGGGAGCACCAGACAUGAGUCCGAGGUGGUGGACUGAAGACUAUGCUGGAUGCCAUGGAAGUUCCAAGUCAUGCUAGGGAUCUCCUCCUGCAGCUCAACAGCCAGCGCACCAAAGGUUUUCUGUGUGAUGUCAUCAUUGUGGUGCAGAAUGCGCUCUUCAGAGCUCACAAGAACAUUCUGGCCGCCAGCAGCCACUACUUGAAGUCCCUGGUGGUCCACGACAAUCUCAUCAACCUUGACCACGAGAUGGUGAGUCCAGCCGUCUUCAGGGUGAUCCUGGACUACAUCUACACCGGGCGCCUCAGUGAGGGAGACCCCACGUCCCCCACUGAACCCAAUCUAGGUGCCGUCUUGGCAGCGGCCAGCUAUCUGCAGCUGCUCGACUUGGUGGCCUUGUGCAAAAAGAAGCUGAGGAGAAUUGGGAAGUACCCUCCCCGUCCCGGUCCCGCAUUUCUACCUUACCCAAAAAUGGUGCCCAGCAGCAUGGGCUUAGGAGGUGGAGGCAGGUAUAGGGUUUCUACUCCUGUGAUUCAGUCCUGUCCUCCAGGGGGGAUUCUUAACACACCCAGAGCACCGUCGCUGGAUGAGCUGGUCCCCCAUCGAAUAACCAUCCAUAGCGGCGAGCUGUAUGCCCCCACGUCCAACCAGACCUCUCAGGUGUUCCCAUCUCUGCCUGCUCAGCUGGGACGCCCAGGCCACGCCGAGAGGAACUGCUCCCCCAGCUUCGGCCUCGAUCUUUCCAAAAAAAGCCCCACCUCCCAGUCUCAGCACACACCCUCUCAAACCCAUAUGGCAAACAGUCACAGCAAUGAGGAGCGGGAUGGAACUCUAAGUGGAGCCACUAGUCCCAUUCAGGGGGCAAAUGGGAGAGCUUUUAUGUCCGAAAAGAUGGAGUCUGUCGACCAGGCAGGUUCCCUCACCCCUCCACCUUUUCCCCACCUAAAUCAGCCCUUAGCCCCCCACCUGCCUCAUCUACAUCGCUCAGGUUCCCAAGGGACAGACCGCUACCCAUGCCCCGUCAGCCCUGACACCCCGACAGAAGGUGGAGAAGCAGGAAGAGAAAUGGGAAACAUCUACCGCUGGGUGAAACACGAGCCCCUGCCGUACGCUGGGGAAGAUGACGAUGAGGAUGAGGAUGAAGAGGAAGGGGCUGAGAACGGGGACCAGCAUCACAAUCAUCACAAGCCAGGGGAGGAGAGCGAAGGUGUGGAUGACAAGAGUGGCUCUGGCACGGAGGAGACGGGCAGCAGCGAGGGCCGUCCGUCCCCUACCGGCCCCAUCGGGAGAUUCCACAUGCCGUACGAGCCCGAAAGCUUCGGGGACAAUUUGUACGUCUGCAUCCCCUGCGAUAAAGGCUUCCCAAGCUCAGAGCAGCUCAACGCACAUGUGGAGACACAUACAGAGGAGGAACUGUACAGCUCUGUUGGGGAGAUGGGUAACAACAACAACAACAGCGGCACCAAAGGCAUUGGCGGCAACACGAACGGUUACGGAAACCUCAACAGCGGCAAUACUCCAAACAGCAUGUCGCAUCUGGAGACCAAAUCUGACCAGGGCCUGAAUUCAGGAACCAUCGGGGAGAUGAUCAGACCUUACCGCUGUUCCAACUGCGAUAAGUCUUACAAAGAUCCGGCCACGUUGCGCCAACACGAGAAGACGCACUGGCUGACGCGGCCUUACCCCUGCAGCAUCUGCGGCAAGAAAUUCACACAGCGCGGCACCAUGACGCGCCACAUGCGCAGCCACCUGGGCCUCAAGCCUUUCGCCUGCGAUUCAUGUGGGAUGCGCUUCACUCGCCAGUACCGCCUCACUGAGCACAUGCGCAUCCACUCUGGGGAAAAGCCCUAUGAAUGUCAGGUGUGCGGGGGGAAGUUUGCCCAGCAGCGCAACCUCAUCAGCCACAUGAAGAUGCACAGCGGUGGGGGGACCGGAGGCGGCCUGACGGCAGACGGGAAGCUGAAGCUGGAUUUUGCAGAGGGCAUAUACCCCCUGAGCAAGUACGCAGCGGAGCACCUGGGGCUGAAGCAGGAGAAGGCCAACGAGCUUCUCCUUCAAGCGCAGCAGCAACUGGUGGCAGACGCAAAGGCCAUUGAGUGCCUCUACCCGCUCACCAAGCUUGCGUCGGAGCAUCUGGGCCUCACCCAUGAAAAGAUGGACAUCAUGGGCCAACCACUUCCUCCUCCUCCCCAGCCAAUCUCUGACAGCCGAACCAUCGACCGCUACUCGCCCAGCUAAGACAUUUGAUAUGUGAAGUUGGCAAUCACAGACAUGUCUGCGCGCACUCACAGUUUGCAGUAUUUGAAAGCCAUUCACCUCAACUCCAUAUCUUCCUCUGCACCUCAGACCAGGCCCGAGUGGAACUGGGUCUUGCUCAUGCACACCGAACUGUUUAGACUGUAAGUGCCUUUCUAUGCAUCUAAUGUAUCUUUUUAAAUCCUCCUUCAUAAAGGAGCUCUACUUUCUGUGACCAAGGGACACUCGAUGAAAGAACUUCAGUAUUUAUGUACAGUCUAUGCAAACAAACAUGUUUUUUUUCUUAAUUCCAACCAUUGAGCCAUAGUGACUAAGUCAAAACCAAAAGGAAAUUUAUUUAUUUUUGUAUAUGAUGAAAUCCAAAGAAAACAUGUUGCAGAGAUACUUUGCAAUCUGACCCUAAACCUGUGUACUAUUCAUGUAUGAAAAGAAAAAGAAAAAAGCACAAAAGGAACAAUAUUCAGGACUUUUGUUUUUUCAAUAUUCAGGACUUUUAAGGUCUAAACAACAUCAAGAAAAAAGCAACUCACCUGGAUUUUUUAUUAUUAUUAUUAUUUUCUUUUUUUGUACAAUCUUGGGGUACGGGAUACUUUGUGUGUCUUGAUUCUUUGCUUGUCUCCCCCUUUUAUGUGAAAUAGCUGAAACGUAAUGCAUUUCUCUAUGCCUUUUUUUUUUUCCCCCACUCCCAAGCGAGGGGCGGGGCUCUGUGUGGAUAAAUGCUCAUCCCUUAUGUGACAGCAGCGGUGGCUUAAUCGGCUUUACACCCGGCUUUCAACCACUCUUGAGCUAAAGCUUCCUCUGCAGUGUGACAAAUGUUCCUUAGCUUUCAGCUGUUUUGGAGAUGCACUGAGCAGAGCCCUGUGAUCUCAUGAGUGGGACAUGAUUGCACAUACCCAGCUGAUGACACACUAAUCCCUGUUCACGCCGACUCGCGGGUGUUGGUUUGUGCUUUUGUAGAAACAGAGAGGCAGAGAGGCGUACGCUGGGGCUGAAUUGGUGACGAAGGAGUCUGUCAUUGACUGACAGACUUUGUUUCUAUUUUAAUAAUUGAGUGAUGGUCAACAGUGGUCAGAGGCCUUGUUGUGGACGCUUCCUUAGAUUCCAGGGGCUGCAUGAUGGAGCACUGAGUAACACUGAACCUCUCCCUCCCUCACUAUAUUAAUUUGUUUCUUCUGUAAGGAAGACUGUUUGGUUUUAAUAAUGGGACUCUGUACUAUUUUUUACUCAGUCUAAUAAUUUCACGAGUGUCCUCAUUAGCGAUGCAAAUCUUUCGAUUCCAUUCGAUUUUCAUGGUCACGAUUCAAUUCAGAAGUGUUUUUUUUUUUUAAACGAAAACCAAUUUUUUCCACUCAAACGCUCCGGAGAUUGUAUUUAAAUGAUUUGCAUGAUAAGAGAAACAGAUUUAUUUAAAGCAAUUCUUUAAUAUCCCAUACUGCAUCAAAUCUAAUCAGUUUACAUUCACACUAAAGCAGGGAUUGCGCAUAAAAUUCUGCAACAUAAAUUACCAGCAUUAGGUUAGCUUAGCUGCGUGGUUUAUCUGAAAUAAAAAAAAAUGAUCAGAGAAUUAUUCUAUUAAAUUUAAAUUUAAAACGCAUUUUAAAAUCAAUUUUUGAGCAUUUUGAUUUAAUCCAGAAUUUCCAGGACUAGGAAUUGUGACUCUUUAUACAAUCUUUUUUUCCCCCCCUCCACCUCUAACUCAUGCUGGCCCAUGGCUUCUCAUCCCUCUCAUUUUUCGGCAUUGCUGUGGCCCCUUGCCUUAUAAGCACUCUACCAACUUAGAGGGACGAUAUUCCCCUUCGCACACAGCAGGCUGCUAAUCUGUCAGCAACAGGAUCAGAAGAAAGCAGCCUGUUGUGACUCUUCCCUGAACAAGCCGGUGGGGUGAACAAGCUCUCCCCCAGCUGCUGUCCUCCAGUAAAUCCCUGUGAAAUCCCACUUUCUCCUGGACAAUUCGCACUUGCUCGCCGGCAUGAUGUCCCAUUUCACGCCUGCCAUCUCACUCCUCUGAUCCACUGUAAAACGUUACAUCCGAGCCCCAAGUGUCUCCUCUUGCCUCUCUGCCUCUCCCCCCCCCAGCCAGUCCCGCUCAAGCCAAAGUUUUGAGAUAAAAACUUAUUUCCUGACCGAGGAAUUCUUCCAACUUGAAAACACAAAGAGCACUUAAAAAAAAAAAAUUGUGUUUUGAAGGCACUUUUUUUUUUUUCUUUGUCUGCAAUUUUUUCCACCAAAGAAUAUAUCGGCCUUUUUUUUCUUUCUAUUUAUAGCUAGUUCUUGAUUUAGAUUAGGGAGAAAAAAUAAAAAUAAAAAAUUGACCACUAUAGUGCCAACGCCAACCUCUGGAGGUGAAUGUGAAGACUAAAGCCAUAAAUACACUGUGACAGAAAUAGUUAUUCUGAAAGCCUUAAAGUAAAAAAAAAAAAAAAAGUGCCUCACUUUUGUGAAUAUGUUUUUUUUUUUUUUUUCAAAUGUAAAAAUAAUUUAAGGGCGUCUCUUCCAGUAGCAUAUGAUCAUAUCGAGCAUGCUUUAUCUUGUGACUUUCUGUUCUUGUCUUCUUUUUGAUUUGUGGCGCACGUUGAAAAAGAAAGGGAAAAAAAACACAACAAAAAGACUGGUGCUUACCUCAGGACUGAACCCAGCUAAGAUUUUGUAAACCUUAGCCCAAAAAUAUCGGCCUCACCACCCCCAUGACAAAUACACCUAUUUCUUUACUAAGGGGGCAGCAGUCCCUGUUUUUAAACCUGUGGUUUUUCUUCGUGUGUUUGAACAUUACUUUUCCUAUUAUGGUUUUAUGGGUGAAGAGAUGACAUGUGUUGUUAUGUUUUGCUUUUCAUAUAUAGUUACUGUCGUCCUCAAAGAGGCGCUUCGUUUUACUCCUACACCAUUAGAGGCUGUAAAUGUUUGUGAUUUUUAAUAACUGGGUAUACACGGUUUGCGUUUUUAUGUUUUGAAAUUUUCUUUAGCCACAUGUACGGCGAUAUCUAGGUGACAAGUGCUGUGUUUUGAAAUAUCUCCCCCACCCACAACGACGUGAUGUGAUGCCUCAUCAGCACUUCCUCAAACAGACCGGCAGUAUCUCGGAAACUAACCUCACGUCGCUCUGCCCCCUUUUUCCCCUGAAGAUGUUGAACUCUUGACACCGGCCAGACAGAGGUCGCGCUCGCGCAGAGGAAGUCGGCUUGUUUGUUCUCGGCUGCCUGGUGCCUUCAGCUGAGCUCCGUGACCAAAAAGUCUAAAACAACUGCUCGCAGGGCUCUCGCUGGCAGAAAAAAAAACAACACAAAGCAAAAACAACACGCUCCAUAAACAAGUGCAUGUGUCGUAAAAUGUAGGAACAAGCGGAUGUGAGUCGUGGGAAUUCGAGGCUCCUUUGCUCUCUCUCAUUCACUGGCUUGAGUGAAAAUCCAACUCCUUGCCAGCACCACCAAAAUAACACGAUACGUUUCCACUUCAAAUCUGCGCUGAGCGGAAACGGAAAGAUAAUGCUUGAAUCGUUUUUUUUUUGUUUUUUUGUUUUACAGUAUGCACUCUCUGAAAUUUUCUUCAUCUGCUUUAACGUGUGCAGCAGAGUGCGUUGGCCGAGCAUCUAUAGGGCAUCUAUUCACUUGAUUGUUUGUCUGUCACUGCGCUACAUGGGCAUAAGAUGAGCUGUGUUUUUUUUUUGCUGUGAAGGAGAAGAGCUGAGGAGCAGGAAGUGAACUUUUGGCUGGUGAGCAGCGCUGAGCAGGAUGUGCCGUGUGUUUCUGCUCACAAGCAGAUAUGGGGAGGGAGAGAAGCGGGGAGAACGCAGCGGGGUGGACGUGAGCCAUUGUCUCAGUAUGGAAAGCCUGUUCGUAUUUCUGAAGCUCUGGAUUCAGAAAAGCAGUGGACUGUAUCUUCUCUGUUCCUUCCUCUUAUUUGCUCUUUGGGAAUAAAACUUCUGCUCAGUGUCACUGAGCUUUAGGAGCUUGGGUGGGUGUGUGCUUUAGAAGUUGCACAGUGACCAGGACUUGAGGGUUAUAUACAUAUAUAUAUAUAUAUAUAUAUAUAUAUAUAUAUAUAUGCUGUUUGUAUCUGAGAUGUUACCCUAUUAAUCUUUACAAUGUCAUGUUUUGUUGCAUUACAACUGCAAACUUGAGUGCAUCUCGUUGGAGCCGUGCAUCACUAUAAAGUGGGAUGAAGAAGGUCAUAGUUUUCCAUUUUAUUUCAUUACCGAAUAUUAAUCUGAAAAGUGUGGCUUGCAUUUUUAUUCAUUUUGAUCUAAAUUUUGCAAACUAGCUAAUUCUUUGCUUGCAAAGCCUUUGCACAACUGAUUUCUCUUAUUAUUAUCCUCAACAAGGGUUUUUGUAUGGACUGGGCCAGUUUAACACUUGAAUGUUUUCAUCUAAGCUGCUUCAUUGUAUUUUAGGGUUUAUAUUGAAGAUUGUUUACUUGCCCAGUUGUUGGUUUUUCACCAGAAAAUAGAUUACAAUUAUGAAAGUAGCCCCCUAGCAUAGUUUAUCUGUAUUCUAUUUAGAAUUAAGUAGCUAAAUACAAAUGCACUCCACACUUUUUGGAUUUUAAUUUUUUGGAUGUUUAUAGACUUUGUGCAUUUUACCCUUCUACUUCGCAAUUAUUCUCUACUUUGGGUAAAUCUGUCAGAUGAAAUCUCAAUUAAAUACCUACAAUGUUGCGGUUGUAACCUGACAAAAUGUAAAAAAAAAGAAAAAAAAAGAAAAUGGUUCAAGUGGGGUGAAAUAGCUUUAGCGCGGCACUGUAAAUAAUUUCAUGUGGCUCCGAAAGUAAAAUGUAAAUAAGUAAUAAAAAUGUCGGCAUGUUUCUUUUUCUCUGUGGCUGUCUAAUUUAGUCACAGUCAAAUUAUUGGAGCCUUGUUUCAAUUUACUGGUGUAGCCCCAAGGGAUUUUAUGCCAUUUGCCUUCGUUAAUGUUAUUUAGAUGAGAAACCAACACAGCAAGCCUCUCUGGGCCACCAUAAAAGUUUAGAUUAAGAUACUCUAAAAUUUAUUUAAUAGGUUCUUAAGAGCUGAUUUGUAGUCAUAUAAAAUAGGAAAAAAAAAAUUAAAGGGGGAGGCCAUAUUAGAGAGCUCUCUGCCAGUUUUUGUAAAAGAAAGUGUUUCUCCACCAGCAGAACAGGAAAAGAUUAUGUGACUCUGACAAGCUGAGUUGUCCUGUUCUCCUACCGCUGUUUAACUUUUAUUAGAUUUUACAGCGUUUGCCAAAAAGACUAAAGCACUUAGCAGACAUGACAGAAGUAAAAGCAAAACUAAAGUACAAAUUUCAUGACUUUCACACGUCAAACUGUGAAAUCUAAGCAAGCUAGGCCUCUGACUAAUUUGCAUUAUAGUAAAGGUCUUCUUUUAUCUGGCAUAUCAUGGCACUUCUAUUCGUUUCUAAAAGAAUGUAUGCCUAGAUGCACACUCCUGAAACCGGCUGUUAGCUUUAGCAUUUACUCAACAACGUAGCAUGUAAACAUUUUCUCUACAACCUGAAGUGUUCAUUAGUAGUACAGGGGUCAGAAACUCUGCUAGCAAACUGACUUUAGUAUCGGUGGUGUCGCUAAGGUAGCUAAACCUUGACGCAACAUUUUUAAAUGUACUCAAACCAGGUGGCAUAAAGCUAGUCUAAAAUGUGCUGUCCAUUAGCAGUGACAUCAUUAGCAUCAUUAGCUCAGUUAGCUAGAACGCCUUACGUUAGCCCUAUCUGCAAAACUAGCUAGGCUAUGUUACAGACAGAAACAAACUUACAUUUAACUUAAUAUAUUCAGCUUAAUAUAUUAAUUGAUAAUACAAUCCAUUUAUCAGCCUUAAUAUCCUAUGUAGGAAAGUCCAGCUAAUUAUCAGGUUGGCUGAACCAGCAUUUUAAGUUUAGCUACAUAAAAAAAAAUCUAGGCUUCAUCAAAACAAAGUAAAAUUGUUACAUUGAACACUAUAUUCACAAACAAAAAAAGUAUUUUUCUAGCUAAUAUUUAAAACCUUAAAAAAAACAACUUUUUCUAUUUAUGCCGAAGCCUUGCUGUAUUCAUAAUACUGUCUUAUAGUCUUAACAGACAUUAAUCUGUCUUAAUUAGCAAAUGACCUCAGUUAUCUGACGUAUUCACUUGCUGCACCUGUAAGACCUCCAGGUCUUACCUGUCCCGCUGCUCAGAAGCACGAGGAACAAGACUUUUUUUUUUUUUUAUUAUUGCAAGCAGCAGCUGCUUUCCAUUUAUUUCCCCCCAAACUGCAUUUUUCUUAGACGAACAAAAAAAAAAAAAAGAGAAAAGAAACAGGAAUCGCCGCAUUGUGAUAUUUUUCAAAAACUUUUAUUACGCCUUUAGCUUUCCCAAGAAGUCCCACGACCGACCACCCUCCCUCUGGCUCUCCUCCCUCCCACCGGUGCACAGCUUGGCUGCGCUGCCCUUUUACCCUGACGGAGCACAGCUCCCCUCUUCACCUCGCUCUGCGCUCCUCCUCCUCCCCUCCCGUUAACUUGCUUGACUUCCAGCUGCUUUUCAUGCAGAAGAUGACUGUUGUCUAAAUGUUUACAUGGAGAGCUACUUUCUUUUUCUUCUCGUCCUCCCCCCCCCUGUCCCCCUUUUUUAAAAUGAGCUUUGAUGCGUGUUUGAAGAAAGUGCAAACUCUUGGAGCCAAAAAAAAAAAAAAAAAAAAAACCAAAACACAAUAGACAAAAAAAGUAUCCGACGCUGUUAUUACAUUCAGAUUUUACGCCAAGAAACGGUGUGUUAAAGGGAAGAUUAAAGGCGCUGUGCCGUUGUAGAGGAAAUGCAGAAUAAUGCGAGGGGAAAUGUUCAGGGGGGAAAAUAUGCUCAGAAAGAUGCCAGUAAAGUAAACAUGUUUGAAAUUGCACAAUUGAGUCGCGCCUUGGUUGCACCAGCCAAGUCAUGCGUUGGAGAUGGAGAGAGAACAAGUAAAAGGAGAGAAGUUGAGAGUGAAAAAGAAACAGAAACAGAGAGGGUGGAAACCCCCCCUCCCAAUAAAACAGCUUGAGCUCGAUAGUUGUGGCUGUUUUUGAGCUGACGAUUGCAGCAAUGCUCGUCAGGUUUUUUUUUGAAACGCUUGCUCACGUCGUCGUGUCUUCCGAGAUGAUUACCCCACAGUGUGUGCCUUUGUAAGCCCGGAUAGUGCAAGGGUUUCUGUUCGCAUGUCACUUUACAUCUGUUCAGCUGCGUUAAAUGCAGAAAAAAACAAAAACAAAACAUGGAUUGACUCGUUUGACUUACAGCACAACUUCGAAACUCAAAGAGAAAGGAUGAAAGAAAAAAAAAAAAAGAGCCAGAAAUUGGAGCAUUUUGAAAUCUCAAACACACACGCCCACACACACGCAGCUGGCUGGCAGACACCAGAUUAGGUCAGAUUUAAUUAGGUCGCCCUGCUCCGUUUGGAGUGUCGCUCCUAGUUGAGAAAGUCAUUUUUAAAGAGGAACCCACGCCAGUGACAGAUUCCCUUCCAACAAAAGCCUCGGGGGUCCUCAUGCAGAAGGCAACUAUUUUGGUUCUGAAUAAAAACACGUUUUACGCGUCGAUGCAGUCGAUCAGAAUCUGAUCAAACUCACGUUGGAUCUUAGGGAUGAUGCAAAAGUUCAGCAGCAGCUUAAAGUGUCUUGUGGACGGCGGUUGUUGGAAACAGCUGGAAAAGUGCGGAACUUAACGCGCGCGCGUCCAAACAUCGCAGGGGAAAUGGGAUUUUUCAGGACUUCAAAAUGGAUCUGUUUGCAUCAGAACUUCAUAAAACAUGACCAGACUCCAACCCUUUCUUCUUCUUUUUUUUUUUGUUUUGUUUUUGCGGUGGUUACAAUUAAAAGCAAUACUUUAAACCAAACAGUAUUUCAAAGAAAAAAAAAAAAAAAACCACACACACACACACACACACAUUCUGCCUUUUUAUGUGUCAAUAUUGAUCUUAUCUUGCUUUCAUGAAAUGAAUGUAUUUAUUGCAUGUCCAAAUGUUUCAUAGCUAUUUUUUUCUUUUUCUGUGUAAAUUUAAUUGUGGGUUUUUAUAAGAAAUUCAUUUUAUAAUGACGUAUUGAUGAUUUUUUUCUGUUGUUGUUGAUAAGGCUUUUAUUUUUUUAAAAGCCAAUGUGAAAAAUGUAUUUUUUUCUGUUUGUUUUGCAGAUAUACUCCAAAUCAACUUGGCAAUAAAACAAAUUGCGUAAUGGA